AACCACAUGUCCGCGCGCCCGUGAAGCUUUUGAAACUGUCAUUCGUUCGCUUUUCACAUUUUAAGGAGGCAAAAAGUUGUAAAAUACCCAACAUAUUUAACCAUGUCUAUCAUGGAGUUGAAUGGGGUUAAGGAAGCAGCACUGUUGUCAUGGAUCAACAGUGUGUGUCCUGAGGAGCCUAUUAACAAAAUCACCCAGAUGAUGGACGGUCAUCGACUCCUUAAGCUUGCCUACAGAGUACAAGGGAAAGAGUCCCAUGAUGGUUUAUUUUUGUCACCAUCUCCUAAUAUGAUGGAAAUGCUCUUCAGCAUACUGCAGGAUGACUUUCAGUUCAGCCCAAGACAAGCAUCCCUCAUGUUACAGAAAAUCAGUCAGGGAAUCGAGCUGGAACUUCAGAUCGCCAAGGUGGUGCUUGUUCUGUGUUACUGUGGUUUUACGAAGUACAACAUGGUACCUUUGGACGUAAAGACAGGGUUGAUGAUCGCAUCCAUGUUUCGUUUUGUAGAAGAUGAUGCUGAUGGUCUGUCAUUAGACGAUGAACUAAAUAAAUUUCUCACCAAAGCCCCUGAUGUGACCUUCUCCACCUCCAGCUGUGGGAGCAGCUGUUGGUCGCCUUUGUACACCGAUGACGAUAAGUCUCCGUUCAUCAAGAGCGUCCAAAAACCCGCCAGAUUUCAGUUUCUUGACACGAUGGCCUGCAGCUUGGUCAGCUCUCCAGUGCAGGAUGUAUUGAGCACACCACAAUUGUUGAAAAGACUCAGAAAAGAACUGGCACAUGGGCGAGACAUGAAAGAUGCGCUGGAGAAAGAACUGGCCAAUCAGAUCAACAUAAUCUCAGAAAAAGAGGGUCUGAUUAUCCAGCUGCAGCAUAGGGUGGACCGAAUGCUGAGAGAACAACGAGAACUGGAGAAAGACCAUAAAGAUGCUCUGCUGGAGCUGCAGGAGAAGAACGAGAGUCUUCUCAACAGAGUGCAUGAGGUUUUGAAGCAGUGCCAAGAUUUAAAAACCGAAAAUCGCCAGAAAGAGAAAAAAAUGCAUGAACUCAAUGGAGGAGAACCAAACUUUCUCUGCUCAGCUGGCGAGAGCCGAGGAGGAAGUUACCAAACUCACGAUGGCUCAUGAAACGUCACAGGCCGAGUGGAGGAGCAGAAAGGAGUUUCUCGAGCACGAGUUGAACAAGGCCGUCAAACACAAGGCUUUGAACAAAAUCGAGAGCCUUCAAACUGAAGAAAAAGUUCAGGAGCUUGAGAAGAUCAUCAGGGAACUUCAGGCCAGGAUUUCAGCUCUUUCCUCAGAGAGUGACACUCAAAUAAGUGCUAUUAAAACUGAGAUGAAGAAUCAACAGCUGAAGUCUGAUAGGCUUAGAGCUCAGCUGGAGCUGAAGCUGGAAAAACAAAAGACCGGCAUUCUCACUCUUAAAAAUCUUG